GAUAGACAAAGUGGUGAUUUUGAUUUUUAGCCCCGUUGUCUUUGGCGAAGUUUUGUCCAUCGUGGAAUACAUAGUACAAGGUUGUGACUGGUUGUUUGGGUGAAGUGGCCUCUCGCAUUCGUUAGUUAGUUGGAUUGGUGGGAGAUCCGUUAUGUACGAGUGACAUGGCAUUCAUCAUUACUUUCUUAUAAUUGUCAUCUUGUACUAAUGCACUGCGGUCGUUCGUAUGGAUCGGGGAUUAAGUGUGAUAGUUUAAAGUGGUGGUUGCGGUGGUACAUUUGAAUUAAUUCGCCAGUUAUACCGCCUUUCUAGGCUAUGUUUGUAAUUUCUGUUAGCAUACUUUUUGGUUGAGUGACAGCGGGAGAGAUGUAAUCAUAUCUUCACCUUCCCCAGUGCCGUUUGGUAUUCCAGGCAGUGCAUUAAUUUCUGCUAGCAUACUCCACAAAAUGGCAGUGCCUGGGAGCCGUUUGCACUUUCUAGUUGCAUUCUUCCUUGGAGUCCAUUUUGCUGUCUUUGCGUCUGUGUUUCUCCUUCUGAGUUCGAUUCCCCUUUUGCAUUGCUAUCUUUUUCUCUAAUUUCACAAAUGGCCCCUCGUUCACAAAAUAAAUCUGAAUGCCCUUUUAUCGAAUUUGUUAGGGUUGUUGACACCAUCGAAAUGAUGUCGGAGCGUGAGAUGGCUAAGAUGGAUGACGGUCGCAAGGAUGGAGGGUUCGACGCCAUCGAUUGAAAGGAGUUAAUGUGUCUUUAUGGUCACUUGUAGAAGAUGUUGUGCUCUUGGCGCUCCCAUUUGGUGGGUCGAUGUUCGCCCAUCACUUACAGUUUCCUGAGUCCAUCCCUGCCAAUUUGUUCCAUGAUUUCAUGUCCCAAGUCGAUGAGUCGACUGCCUGAGGGAAAAUGCCACUAGAAGCGUGGGUGGCCUACUGAUUCGAAACCAACAACACGGGUGAUGUGAUGGUUCAUGGGAGAUAGUCAGUGUCAUCUUAUGUGUUCAUUCUAUACGUUGCAUCCCGGUUCCUCUUUCCAGGUAACUCUGAAUAUGGCCUUCGUACUGUAUUGGUUCCCCUUUCCGUGCUUGCUACUGGCAGUCAUCAGUUGCUGUUGGUUUCAAUGUUUUUGGGCUAUUUGUUCGAGCAGAUGGAAGACACCGUCCAUCAAAUAAUGGAUCCAAGGUAUAAAAGGCAUUGCAGCUACAUAUUCUCUCCCUUUCUCUUCAUGUACAUGUGUGAACGUCUCGAGCUUAGCAUUGCAACUUUGGAUGGAGAUCAGACUAAAGGACAUUCCUUGGGUGUUUGUCGGGGAAAACGUUGGCUUGGCUCCAAGAGGCUUAGGCAGUUCAGGGUUGCCGAGAUCAAAUUGAAACUGUCUUCUCUAGAAGGGUUUGUGUGGAGACCUUAUACUCAGGCCAUUUGGCAUUCCAUGCCAUUUUGUAUUGGUACUGUCAUUCUUGAAGAUGGCAAAAUGUGCAGCUGAGGCGACUCAUCCCCUUCCUGGCAUGGCACGUCUUAUUCUUUGGCCCGGUGUCAUCGCCUAUCUUGAUCAAUCCGGCGAGGCGCAAGUUGUGGCCUAUCUUCCUAACAGAGUCCUCCAUCAGUACGGGUAUGAUGACUUGUGUUCUCAGUUUCUACAGUCUAUAGGGGAAGAUGUGUUCUGGAGUCGUGGGAAUGGGUUAGCAAUCCCGAGGGUUUCUUGAUUCCCUGUCGCAGGGUACAAGGGAGUUAAGGUCCUUAAGUCCCUGCAUUUGGCCUACAUGUGUUCAUUGCUUGGCGGGUUCCAAUUAUUCAUGUCUGCGACCCCCCGUCCUCAUCACGUCAUGGCUCCUCCUCUGGGUCAUGCAGCUAAGCAAGGACCGGGACCAGCUCCUCCUCAACCAAGGUCUGCAGCAGCGAUGACAGAGGAGCCUGAAUUCAUGGGCGUUAUUCGUAAGGGUAAGCGUCUUGCGGUUGAGGAGGGGCAAGGCAGACGACCACCUACGUCAAAGAAGGCUAGGACAGUGCGGGUGCCUCGCUCUUACUGGCCGUCGGUACCUGGGGAGGCCUGUGAUGCCAGGUCCGAUGUUGCCUCUUCCCGGGCUGAGGAGCACCUACAUGGCAAUCCUCCAACUUCAGUUCCUGAGGCAAAGGAAACAACUGAUACAGAAUCAAUGCAGUCUGUAGUGUCGGUUCCUUCCUCUAAGGUCAUUUCUGUUCUGGUCACUGGUGGGCAAGUGAAAAAGAUGGUUCCCCGUCCACGUAGGAGGGAGCCCGAUAGUGUUGAUUUGGUGGAGGUCGGUAAUGCCCGACGCGAUGUGGGAGCCCCACAAGUCCCUUCUAAGGACAUUGUGGGUGAAAAGGGGGUUUGCGAUGUCAAUAUCUCUUUUGUUCUAGUUUCCCCCGUGAUCAGGCAAUUGGUGAGAGAUCUGCAAUCCUUACAGCCCCCUGCCGAGGUGUGACGGUUCAGCACAGGCUUAGCCUUGCCUUGCCUACGCUUGGCAGGCUUACGUUAGGGUCAUGCCCGUCAUUUUCGCCUAUAAGA